CUUCUUACCGUUUCCAAAGAAAGUGACCACUAUCACUAAGCGUGAGAACCAUAACCAAAUUAUUGUAGCAAAAAAAUCAAAUUAUGUCGUUCGCCAAACCUUACCCUCGCCCGUCCGCCCCGGACCCGGGGCCAAAUGGGUCCGUUGUUGCGAAUUGGGGACGGAGUCCGGUCGCGACCCGGACGUUAGUCUUCCCGCCAUCGGGGUGGAAGGCCGAGCCAAAAGAGAUGCAGCCGUUGAAGACGUUUCUGGCGCGGGAUUGGGUGCAUGGCAUCAACAAGGACGUGGACAUCUGCGUCACGGAUUUCGGCUGCAUCUACGCGUGUGGGCAGCUGGUGAUCGUUUUCGACGAGGCUGAGUCGACUCAGAAGUACUUUAUUUUCGAGAAAAUUUGAUCUUGAUGGCAAUGGCUUUGCCCAUGCAUACACGGACUGAAAAUAUUAUGUGUCAGGCAUGGUGGAUGCGUCGCUGGUGUAGUUCUUCGUGCGAGCGUUGAGUCGUAUGAAAAGCGGUUGGACUGGUUAGAAACGUACUGCUCGAAAUCAUGAUAAUAUCAGGUACUUCGAAGGCCACACGUCCGACAUUACCUGCAUCGCCUACAACAAGGAGCGCAAUAUCUGCGUCUCCGGGCAAAACGAUCCGAAGGGCAACGCCGGACCGUUUCUCUGCGUUUGGUCCCCGGAGUUUCCGGCGAGCGGAUCCUUCGCCGAGUGCAGGUACUUCGUCGACAAAACGGAUCCGAAGGACAUCGAAAUCACCGACAACAUAAAAAUGACCCAGGGCUACGUCUGUUUCCCGGAAAGGGUGCUGCGCGCACCCGUGAAAGAAAGCGGCCUGGAAAGAGUGCAGGUAGUACAGACUACUUCUUUAAAUUGAUGAUGUUUUUCUUGUCCUCGUACUACGGUGAAGCAGAGUUAUUUGUUCCCGGCCAGGGCAUUGACGCGGCAUCGUGCGCAACGAACAGUCUAAAACCUGUAGGUUUCCUACUUGGCAACAAGAUUAAUAUUUUUAUUUGUGACGCCACCUAGACUGUGUGUGACUGUGAGUGUGCCUGUAGACCACGAGGUAAAUCUGUCUUGAAUGAAAGUAUGUGCAUGUUGCUAUCCAAACGAGCAUAACAUCAACAUGAUUACAGUACCCCAUGGUCGUUGACGGUUCCUCGCAAGUCGAGGCCCCCCUCCGGAAAAUUCAAGCCUGCGCCUUCACCCCGGACGGCCGCCGGGUUGUCGCCAUGGGCGCGGACGACAUGAACAGCCUGCUAGUCUGGGACAUGGCAAAAAUCCAGAACUUCAACGCGAAGAACCCCCCCUUGCAAACGUUGGUGUACCGGAAACCAACGGUGUAUGGGAGUGUCAGAAUCGAAAUGGACAAAAUCGAAAUGAUUUGUCAUGCAUAAAACGGAUUCCAGUUCGUGCCCAGCCCCAGUUUCUAAGUGGCGCAUGACAAAUUCUGGUGGUGCAUAAAUCCAGUUUGUAAUGCUGUUUAGGCAAAGAAGACCGAUUCUCUCAUGCUGCUCUAACAGCUCGAGCUAUAACCCCAAACAGGCUUACAAUCGGCCUCACUUGCCUGUUCUGCAACGCACGCGCUUCGCGUCAUGCAUUUUAUGCAUCACAAAUUUUUCGACUUUGUCAAUUUCGAUCCUGACAGUUCCAUACGGUGGUAGUGCAAACGGGCCGGGACGCGAUGCAGUCCAUGCUGAUGUUCAACAUGACUCUUUCCCUCGAGGGAGCCGACAACGACGAUGCGGCGACCAAAUCCGUGUACUCCGCAAAACAAAAUAAAUCCUCCGCCUCCGCCGCUAUCAACAAGGCCGCGGCAGCAAGGUCAUCGCGAAUGUCCUCUGCAACCAGACAGAGCCGAAGCAGUGCAUCAUCCGGAACAAACGGGAAUUCCGCUACAGCGAAGGAGAUGCCGCCGUUCCGGUUUCUGUUGUGGGGCGCGAACGACAAAACGUCGUAUUUCAAAAACUACGAGUGGCGCCACACGGAGUUUGUCACGAAAGUCGGGGUGUGGGGGAAAUACCCGAAGCCCAAAAACAUCAACGGUGCGGCCUACGACCUAGCCGACGGAUCGGGCGGGUCGCUGUGUCUUAUCGGGGACAACGGGUUCUUCUACACGGUGAAGGGUGCGAACGUGCUGUCCGCGACCAAGAUUGGAUCCGAAACGCCGGAUAGCCCCGCACCGUUUCUAGGAUCGAUCCAGUACUACAAGAAUAGCAUGUUCCUGGUCGGGGGGAACAGCGGCACUUUUUACAUCUUGAAAUGUACUACGAGCAACCCGAAAACCUUGGACAAAAUCGUUCUUUCUGUCCUCCCCGGGUCGGAGUCCGCGGUCGAGCAGCUGUCGAAGGUGAAGAUUAUGCAGGGCAGUAUCGGACAGAGAUUGAACGGUAUUUGCGACGCGGUGGUCUACGGCUGCACCAACGGCAACACGUUCUUCCGCUACUUCCACAAAGACGCUCCUGAGACGGCCACCGGGGAUCAGACCCAGCCGGUCCUCACCGACGAGCUGCAGGCGGCUGGGGCGGCCGCGGCGGGGAACGUGAAAGCGAGGAAUUCCACGACAGGAGAAAACAAGAACAGCCGGCCGGCGAGUCGGAGUGCGAAGAGCGGGCAAGGCCAGCCUGGAGGUGGGAAUAAAACAACACCGUCCCGGCCGAGAAGUUCCGCGAGUCAGGCAGGGGCCCGGAGUUCGAAAUCAGCGAGCCAAAUAAAUCAGAUUCCGGGACGACACCUAGCGAUUCUUUCCUUGGCCCACGGGGGGGAAACGAAGGCACUCGCGAUGCACCCGACGCUCCCGGGGGUGUACAUCACGGCGGGGACGGACAAGGUCGUGCAGUUUUGGUCCAGUAUCGAACGAAAACCUCUGGUGGGGAAGAUGUUAAAUAUGGAGAAAGCGGUCCACAGUGUCGCUUUCGAUGUUUCAGGGAAGCUUUUGGCAGUCGGGAUGGCGGACGGCAUGGUGGCGGUGUAUGAUUUCCCAGACGCCUUGUUCCAGAGAAUCCUGUCUGACGUGAAGUGCGAGAAUAGGGGGAAGGAAUUUGGUAUGACGGAAAUCUUACGGAUUUUUUUGCUCCACCCGGAGCGCCAGGCAGCAGAUGCGUGACUCAUGAUAAUAUGAAUACGCGAUCAGACGUAAGCGUAGUUGUGUCUUGUAUGUCUAUGUGUAUUGCAGCAUGAUCGUGAUGCUCUACUCUCGUCAAGUAGAUCGGUUUAACACAUCAAAUUCGCAGGUCGCAUGGUUGGUCUUCGGUUUUCCCCGCUUCUGAACCCGUCGAAAGCCGACACCAUCCCGCCUUCCGCCAAGUACGACCGAAAUCGGGAGCAGGCGAAGUCCAUGUUUCUCGCCUGCGCGUGCUCCGACAACAAGAUUUAUUUGCUGAAGAUCAAGGAAGUCGUCACGGGGGAAGACAUCAAAUCCGGGCAGAAACAGUACGGCUCCCAAGUCUCCAUGCACAAGCAGCUCAUCGGCCAUAGUACCACCCCGUACUGCCAGAUGUUCUCCAACGACGGGCAGUAUCUGAUCACGAACACGAGAGACGGCCAGAUCCGGGUCUUCCACACCAUCAGCGGGCAGCUGCAGAAGUCCUUGAUGGCGUUUCGCGACCUCCAACUGCAGCAGCCCUUCACCAACCUGCUCGCGUUCGAGACACUCGGCAUGUGGACGAGUGAGUACGAUUUGUCCAUCCUGGACACGUGCUGCUCGUUUCAAAACGAACACUUGGCCAUGGGGGACGACAACGGCCGGAUUCGGCUGUACAAGUUCCCAGCGUGCUACCUAAACCAGCCCUACAACGAGUACUUCGGGCACGGGUGCGGCGUGGCGCAGGUCCGGUUCUUCGAGGAGCAGUCUCUGCCGGUGCUGAUUUCCUGCGGCUACGUCGACAAAAUGAUCAUCCAGUGGAGGCUCUGUGAGCCGAAGGACGAAGUCUACGCGUUCCAGAAGAUACAGUAAGAGGAAGAACCUGCUGCCAUGCUGUAGCUUUGUUCCAUGACGCAAUUACAAAAUUCAAUUUCUACUCUGAGCAGAUGACUUUGUGCUACGACGACCAUGCUUUACUUUUUCCAUUCAGUUGUACUUGUAUCAGUUUAAGUCGCUACAAAAUCAAUGCAGAUACCCCUGGACGUCGUUUUCCAACGGCUAUGGUGACGUCGUCGACAACAUGCUGGGCCGCGCUGCGGCCAGCAGCAGCCAGCGAGACAGAGCGCCUGGAGCAGGUGGUGGUCGCGCACUAGCGGAUUAUAUGAUCCCCGGGCCGGAUGGCGUGCCGAUUGUUCCAUUUGAAGGAGAUCAGAAACUGUUCCAACCCCCGCAAGAAAUAGACGGAGACCAGCAAGCGGCCUCGAGUGCCAGUCCGCCGAAGUUGCGAGGAGGAAGGAGCCCGGUCGUGCAGCACGAGCGUAGAAGUACUAACGCAGCAGCAGGAGGACAUCAUGCACGAGUUGCGCAGCAUCAUCAUCAAAGCUCGAGAGGAGCUGCUGGACAUCAUGAAAAAGCGACUUCCAGUUCCUCAAGAAAGCAUCACGAUCACGACCAUAUCAACCUCUACACCCAUGAUCGCCGCGAGCACUACCACCCGCCGCACCGCAUGCAGCAGUCGUUUCGCUACGACACGAGGGCGGAUCAGCCGAAGCCUGAGCCUUCCCGGGACCCGUUCACCUGGCGAGAUGAGAAGAGGAAUGGUCCGAAGGAUGAUGAUCAGGCAGCACAUAGAGCAGGAGGAGGCUUUGAUCAGGGAUCAGUGCACUCAGUGCCACUGAGAGAACAACAUCACCAGCAACAUGGCAUGGCUGGACAUCAGCGUGGUAGAUCAUCCCGCGCUGGAGGUGCUGGACCGCCGAUGAUGUACUACCAGGAGCCGCCAGAUCACGCGGGUCGGUCAGCAUCACAACUGCAACCACCUCCGCACUACAUGCUGCAAAACAUGCAGCCGGCGCACGCGAACUUUUUUACGGCUCCGCCCGAGGAACUGCAGCAGCAUUCGCGGAACAUGGUGCACUUUCGGACCACGGGGAAGACCGUCCAUGACGAUACGACAGCGCACCAGGAUAUUAAUCAGAGACUUCUUCAUUCCCCCGGCAAGCAGUCGAUCGGAAACCAGUCCAGCAUCAACGGUCGCGGCGAGGUAACGUCGGUGUACAAAUAUCCGGAAAACGCACCGCCGAACUUCGGCGCCACACGAGGUGGAACGCCGAAUGGUUCUAAGGCGAACCACAUAAAUCAACGGCAGAGUGCCUUUCAGCCAGGAGAAAGGGCAACAAGGCAGCACCAGCCGCACCAGGGGACGAUGAAAAACGUCACGUUUGGGCGAGCCCGGGCAGCAGGGGCAGACCAACACCAAAUCGAGCAGCAUCGCGGGGACGUGGAGAUGCAGCCACUCAAUACCGCAGACCAGCAAGUCGCGGAGUUCUUCAAAAUAACUCCUGACCAUAACUCGAAUUACCGACCCGCGCCUGGGCAGCCCGGACAGAGGUCCGGGGGGAGCAAAAGUGCACAAACUCCCGCGGCGCGGAGGUGCAAGAGCAUCGCGAAUAAGAUGAGACGAUGAAGAUAGAGGGUCGGAGGUGCGGCGGAAGCAGGACGAUGCAAUUCUAAUUGCGCCAGCAGCUGCAGGAGGAUGUCUUCUAUAGCCACUUUUUGUUUCGAUCUAGUUGCAGAAGAACUUCAAGAAGAAUACUCGAGCAAGCAUUAAGAAACUUUUCUGGAUUCAAAUAACACCACGCAGAGCUGUUUUUGACGCCCACCUGGGGGCAGGCAAUAUCGAGUUUCCCGUUUUUUUCAAGGCCGCAAACCUUUUGUAGAAUUAUCUGCCACGACAAGAUGAAGACUACAAAACGAUAGCAGAACCUUGUAAAUUUUGCACACUAAAGCAAGUAGUCAAAGUGAAUAAA